AUGCUGCCUACGGUCGUAAAGUCGUUGGUACUCUGGCCCAAAUCGCUGCUUAUUGACCAGAACGUUCGCUCAGAAGCUGGCCAGAGGACACGGCAGGUUGAAAAGAGAGAUAGAAAGCGGAAUUUGGUUAGGGCAACGGCCAGAAGAGUCAAUGCUGCAACUACCAGGGCCAAAGCCUCUGCCAAAACUGCCAUAACAGCUUCUUUACCAGUAACAGUGGGCCUCGUAUUACCUAAAUCCCCCUGCCCUCGUCUUCUUCUUUGCAACAAACCUCCCACCGAUUCCGAGGCGGCUCUUAUCCUGGAGGCGAUCCAAGCUGCUCAAGCAGAAGCUAAACGCUGGUCCGAGAUCCUCAAGACCGGGAAGGAUAGUGGUGUGACGAGUCGAGCUUGGGAGCGGGCCAUCAUACACAAGAUCAACAAGGCCACACAGUUCGUCCACCAGCACCAAGCAGUCAUAUCGAUUGUUCGAAGACUUCCCGUAGAAAUCUUACAAGAGGUAUUUCUUUGGGUCGCAGCGAUACCCUAUCCAAGAGACCCAUCGUUACCGUUGACUUUGGUAUACUGGGAUUCGGAAUAUAUCUGGUAUCUUGGCCAGAUUUGCCAACCUUGGAGGACUAUUGCACUAAAUCUUCCUGGUUUAUGGGGAAUACCACCGAUUUUCAUAAGCAGACGACCCGAAAAAACGCGCUUACAGGUCAAAUACAUUAGUGAACUCCUUCGCCGCUCGAAAGGGGGCAUGCUUCACUUUAUGAUUAAGGCCUUUACUAUCGACUCGGAUGGGUUGAAGACCCACCCUGUUAUUGACCUUUUGUGCGAACACGCUGAAAAAUGGGAGGCGGUAUCAAUGACGCUAUCACCAGAAAUGUUUGCUAACCUCUCAUGUAUAAGAGGUCGUCUUCCGGUUCUAAAGACCUUACAACUCUUGACCUAUAAAGGCGAGGGUGACGCACAACUGCCCAUGCAGCUCAAUAAUUGUUUCGAGGCUGCCCCUCUCCUUACAUCGGCGUUUGUGGAUGAUCACAUUCAACGUAUGUUUGCUCUACCGUUCAAACAACUUUUACAUUAUCAUGAACAUGUGUAUGUUGGACUUUCUAUCUCUUCAACCAUAGACCGCUGUGCUUUGGUGACGUUUUCGUGUGCAUCUCGCGAUCUUGAUUUUGUCUUUCCGAAAAUCACCCUUCCUCGCCUCACCAGUUUUCAUGUCCAUUUACAUGGUUCAUUGAAUUCGCAACAUUGCUUUGAUAAUCUUACACUUCCUGCCGUCCAAGAUAUGAAGAUCAUAGCCAAGGCUGAAAAUACAUUACCAAGCGUCAGGCGAAUGCUCACCAAGUCGUCUCCUCACUGUCUUCAGGAGUUGACGAUUCGAUUCCCGCAAUCUGUCCCGGCCAAUGAACUGUCCGAACUCCUGUUGUUGACACCGGAUUUGGAUGUCUUGGAUACCACCAUGCCUUCCAACGACGAUAUUGUUAAUCUUUCCAUUGGAUAUGAGGGACGAGUUCUCGUCCCUCUUUUACACCUAUGCGAAUUGCGUCUCCAUGCAGAGGAUAAAGUCAGCGACACAAUGAUUACCUCUCUGAAGGCACUCGCCUACUGUCGUGGUGAAGAUAGCAAAUAUAUUACUCGACACAAUUUGACGACAAAAUGUGAAGUCGUUGAUGCGCCUGAAAUGUGCGUGGUAGGCAUUCAUUUCAGCUUCGGUGAAGUUGACGACCUAGUGCAAAUACACUCCCGAUUGGAGGAUUGGUCGCCAGAGUCGACCCCGUCGAAACAAUUAGCAUCAUUAAAGGACCGAUUAUACAAGUUGGUCCCAAGCUUACAUCCAAGAACAAUUUUCAGAUACAACAUCACCCGAGAUGGCUCAACGGUACUAAUGGACCGCAUUUUGAAGGAGAUUCAUUACGUGCAAGUCAAAGACGUUAGAGAAAUCGUUGUGAGUUACUAG